AAUGCCUAAUUAUGGUGUCUAUUAAAUGGAUUUUUACUUUGGCUCUCAUCUUUGUUUUGGGAAUCUUCAAUUUGGUUGUUGCUCAAGCCACAGAGGAUUGUCCAACCGUAUGUCCUUAUAUUCUAAAUCCUAUUUGUGCAACUUUAAGUGAUGGCACCAAACACUUCCAUCCCAAUCCCUGCGAUGCUGCUUCUGUUGCUUGUGCUAGCAAACUAAAAAUGGUUUCUUAUACUCCCGGAAAUUGUUGAUUGGCAAUUGAAUUUGAAC